GUCCAAGAUUCCAGAACUUUCCUCCCUGUGUUUUCCUAAUUCUCUCUCUCUUUUUUUUUUCUUGUUUCUCUCUACAAUCCAUCCUCCUUUCUCCCGACUACAAUCUGCAAUAUGGCUCCCCAAACCCUAAUUUUCUUUCUGCUCUCUCUCAUGGUUUUUUCAUCCUCAACCAAGGCCUUGAUUUCGUCUCAAGAUUUCAAUCCCCCCUCCCCCAAAGCCUUUUCUGAUUUGAAGGACGCGAUUGUGAAGGGGCUAGGGUUUCAGUCGGAGGAUUUGAAGGUAUCGGGGUUCGAUCUAAGAGACGCGUUGAUGGGGCAUUCGGUGGCGUACGAGUUCAAUGUUGAGAUUGAUAACAAGGUUCUUCCGAUUAAGCUUCUUGAGGAUGUGAACCGCUGGGAGUACGUGGAUUUGCCGAUAUUUCGUGUGGAUCAGGACAACGAAAAUGGCUUGGUCCCGAGGAAAUCGGAGAAAAGAUUGCCGGUUUUGGCCCCGUUUCAGUUGGCCGGACCCAUGGAGCUCUGGAUUCAAGAUGCCAAGGAUAUGCGGAUUUCGCUGCCGCAUGAUGUGGAUGCCGGUGAGCUAAAGAAAGUAAUAUUAGCGGACGGUGCUGUGGUAACUGUCAAGGGUGCUAGAUCUGUUAGCCUCCGCCACCCAAUUGAUCUCCCACUUCCUUUCAACAGAAGCAAUAAUGGUUUUGCCUCGGGUAUCCUAGCUCUGGCUGAACGUCUUCGCCAUGCUGCUCGUACUCUAGGGGAGCCACUCCUUUCUCUCCGCAUUGUUGGCCCAACCUCCCUCACAUCUCCCUCCCCAUCAGCAUCAUCAUCUUCCAGUAACAGGCUCAAACUUAAACGCCUGGCACCUGGCCUCGUGGAACUAUCACUACCCUCAAAAGCCAGUACCAUUGAAACCCUCCCAGCAGUUGAUCUCCAAGAAGAAGCCACUGCCCUUCUGACUCCAGUUCAGUUCACUACAAUGUGGCCUCUAGCUUUCAUCAACGGCUCCAACUCUAAUUUGCUUGGUUUUGAGGCUCUUCUCGCAUCUUUGCUGGGUCCAAAGGCAUCCAAGGAAGGCUCCUUCAGGCUGCUGAAGGCAGACAUCUCAGCUCAGACAUUUGUGAAGAUUGGCUUUGGGGUGGAGAAGAAGUUGAAAGAAGGAGAUGGGUUCAAUCUGGAGGGCUUGCCUGAGUGGAGGACAAAGCCCAAGGCAGUUACGAUGCACUUUGAGGUGCUUGCUAAGGUUGAGGGCAAUAAAGUUGUACCAGAGAGGAUUGUUCCAGUUAACCCUGUUGUUGGGGAGGAUACUGUGGCGCCCAAUGUGCUCUCUGGCAAUGCGACCAUGUCCAAGAUCCCUAUCGUUCAUGUUCCCUCUGACCCUUUCACCUUGUGAUUUGUUGAAUGGGUUGCUUUUGUUCAGAUUAGCCAAGGAAAUUGUAAAGAUAAAUUCUUUUCUUUUUUUUUCUUGAAUGUAUACCACACCCUCUCAGAAGGGUGUUUUUCUCUAUAUAUAAUAUAAUGACAAUGAGUCAUAAUAUAACUGAGGAUGUGUCCUAAAACCAUGAACCCAUUUCUCAAAUUCUGAGAUAUGAACCUAUUUCUCAAAUUCUGAAA